UACAUGUUCAGUCUGGAUUUGAAUAUCUAUUACUAGUCUAGAAGAGAAUAGCUCAUAAAAAUCCGACAGAUUGGCCACGCAGGGCUGCCUCCCUGCUCUUUAGUGAUGGUACUAGUGGCAGACAGCAGCAGCAGAGUGGGUUCUGAAGCUCACAGUUCAAAUCGGUUUUGCUGACGGAGAAGAAACUGCUCCCAUACUUACAGUACUGCGAGGUGCUUCACCCUCCAGCAGGUCAGUGACUCAGAACAUACAGCUAUGGCAAGUCUGGCUGGGUGAGGUCCCAGCAGCAGUGUGCCCUCUGAAGGAAGCACCACAGUCAGAAAUGUAAUCAAUGUUCGAAUAUACAUUUCUUAACUAUAAAACAAAACUAAGGUGGAAUCUGUGGCCCCUGUGCUUUUGGAGGGCACUGCCCAUCCUCACAGCCCCCCUUUGCUGUUCUGGUGAUCUCUAGGAUCCCUGGCCCGCAUCGCGGAUAUUAAUGGACAUAUUAGCCAUCAAUAAUGCCAAUAAAGAGCUACCAACUGCCUAAAUAAAGGUUCACAUUUGAUUAUGUUCUUUACAUGUAUCAUAUACAUAUUUUCAGUGCUCAUUAUUCAGCAGCAGAUGGGUACCAUUGAUCUCUGGCAGAUCUCACUCACAGAUGAGCUCCGCUCACAGAACAGCGAUAAGCCUGGGAAGGUCACAAGCCCAUCCCAGAUAGCGCUCAGCACACAGCACCUGUGCAGGGCUCCAGGUGUCACCACUCAGCUCUCCAGACACUGGCUCUUCUUUCCUGGGUGAGAGCUUGUGUUGACUCGGCCCCCCCGAUCUUUAUCACCUGAGAGCGGGCCAGGCCUGGCAUGCUCCCAUGGGCUGCAGCGAGAGACAAACAGUGGCCUGGACAUAAAAGGGGCGACUGGGUACCGAGCAUCAGCAGUCAGAGGGAGCGAGUGAAUGAAGUCAGAGCUCUGUGCAGCAGCCCAAGGGUGACCAACAGAGACAGUGAGACUCCAGCCCUGAGACCAAGAGGAAGGACCCAGGCCAGCCCACAAGGUGCUGGCACUGCUGGACGGGCACCUCGCGUGCAGGACGGGCUGGUACACGGCGUGCCAGCAGGCUCCCUUUGUCCCCGGCUACAACCUGGCCGGCGAGGGCUUCGACAUUGUCCGGAUGCAGCGGAAGGGAGCCUACGUGAUCGACGUGAGGACCUUCCUGACGCCCAACCAAACCUGCACCCUCUGCGAGAACCGGCUGCAGGGCGGCCAGCUGCAGAAGCUGCCCCUGUCGGUGCUGGACUGGCGCUUCGGCAGCCAGUGCCGGCAGCAGCUGGCCAGCGCCGUGCACGAGUCCUACGAGGCCGUGGUCAGCAGCUCCACCUCCUCCAUCAGCAACCAGUGGGAGGCAGGCCUGGACCUGGACAAGGUGGGCAAGGUGGCCUUGGGUGGGACGCAGUCGCAGAUCUCGCACUUCGCCAUGUCUCACGCCCGAGCGGACAGGUUCGUCUUCUCCUCCGACGAGUUCAGCUGCAAGUCCUACAGGUUCAGGCUGACGGACCGGCCGCCCCUGAGCACGGACUUCCUGCGGCACCUGCAGGGCCUGCCGCCGCAGUACAACUCCAGUACCAAGGCCGCGUACCAGCGCCUGAUCGACACCUACGGCACCCACUACGUGCGGCAGGCGGAGCUGGGCGGCUGGCUGCGCCGCACCACGGCCAUCCGCAGCUGCCUGGCCACGCUGAACGGCCACACGGCCUCCUUCGCCAGCGAGUGCCUGAGCGCCCAGCUGGCGCUGCAGCUGGGGCUGGUGGGCGCCUCCGCCUCCUCCGCCCGCUGCCGGGCCGUGCUGGAGAACCACGACUCCAAGAUGGGCUUCUCGUCCGGCUUCCUGGCGCACCUGAUGGAGGUGCAGGGGGGGCAGCAGUGGCUCCGCGAGGCCCUGCGCUCCGGGGGCGGCCGGCCCUCCUUCACGGACUGGCUCCGCAGCCUGACGGACUUCCCCGACGUCGUCUCCUGCGCCCUGCACCCCCUGCACGAGCUGGUGCGCGAGCCCCGGGUGCGGGAGGCGCUGAAGAGGGCCGUGAGGAGCCACAUCCAGGGCCAUGCCCUGCAGGAGGGGAGCGCCGCUGCCCAGUCCUGCUCCGGGGUCCCAAACCUGCACUCCAACUGCUGCCCCCUGGAGCCGGGCUGGGGCCGCCUGCGCGUGACCGUGGAGCGGGCCAGCGGGCUGCGCGGAGACCCGGUGGGCCAGACGGAGGGCUACGUGAAGGUGUGGUUCGGCAGCAGGUUCCAGCAGACCCACUUUGUCAAGGAGAACAACAACCCGGUCUGGAACGCCGCCUACGACUUCGGCGCGGGGCACUCGGCCCAGCAGCUGGUCUUCGAGGUCUGGGACAAGGACGUGCAGCACGACGACAAGCUGGGCCGCUGCACGCUCACCCCCCAGCAGGGCUCCCACUCCUCCAGCUGCUCGCUGGCCCAGGGCGGCGUCUUCUACUACUCCUACACCUUCACCUGCGACCCCCACCUGACCGGCCUCAGCUGUCGCACCUACAAGCCCACCCCCUAGUGCAGCGGCAGGGAAUGAAUAAACCUCCUGAAGCAUCCAGCCUGUGUCCACGUGUCCAUCUGUUCUCUAAUCGCUGUGUCCAGUAUGGGUUCGAGGGGCAACCAGAACCCAUUCCAGCAAGCUAAGGGCACAAGGGGGGGUGCAGACUGGACAGGAUGCCAGUCCAUCGCAGGGAACACAGACACACACUCACAUCAGGGGCAGUCAUCCCAGAAACCAGUUAGCCUACCAGCACGUCUUCGGACUCUGGGAAGAAACCCACACACACACAUGGAGAGAAUUCGAACUCCCCCCGAUAUCUCCACAGGUUCGCGAAUUGAACCCCAGGGCCCCAGAGCUGCAGGCCAGCAAUGCUGAUCACUGCACUGUCAUGCUGCCGUCUACACGUCGGUGCUCCUUAAAGUGUGUGCAAUUUCGUGUUUGUGGUCUGCAGAGCUUUAAAACCCAGUUGUCUAAAUGACACGACCUCUCUUCUUCCUUUGUGUUUUAAGUAAAGUUUUAAGAUUAAGGCAGGAAUCCCAGUUAGUGCACUUCCAAAGAGCCCAAAGAGGAUGCAGAUGAAAUGGCAGAAUUCAGACCCUGAGAGCCUCUGCAUUAGCUAUGCCCAUCUCCAUGAGGAGUGUGGCUUGUCAGUCCCCUUGAGAUUUAAAGCCUCAUUAUCCAGGUUAGAAAAGUGACAUUGCUCAGUGGGUGGUGGCUCAUGUCAUACAGGUUGGUAAACACUAAGGGUAGGAGUGUUCAACCUGGUGUCCUGAUUGAACUCCACCCUGAUCUUCCACAGUCUGACCUCCUUGUAGUUUCCCUUCCUUCACCUGGUGCUGUCUCCCAGGUGGGGCUGCUGGUGUAGAAUGGCCACUGUGUGUCUCCCAGGUGGGGCUGCACUUCAUUGGGGUGGGGUGAAAUUGUAAAGGAAUUCUUUGGGAGUUAAAUUCUUUUGAGUAAAAAGAUCCAUAUAGAUAUGUUUCGGUAAGACCACGGAAUUCUUUGGACUGAUCAACAACAAACUACCUAACAGGGCAGAUGA